UGUAUAAAACUGCUUCCGGUAGGUUAUGGUUUCUAAAAGCAUACUUUGAAACACUGAAGAGUCCAUGUUACAUAAAAUAAAAAAACGCAUAGGGUCAAAAUGAACUACGUACCUGGGACAGCUAGUCUCAUAGACGACAUAGACAAGAAACACUUGGUGCUCCUCCGAGAUGGAAGAACAUUGAUUGGGUACCUUAGGAGCAUCGAUCAGUUUGCAAAUUUAGUAUUUCAUCAGACAGUGGAGCGCAUCCACGUGGGAAAGAAAUUUGGUGACAUCCCUAGAGGGAUAUUUAUUGUGAGAGGAGAGAAUGUGGUUCUGCUCGGUGAAAUAGAUGUGGAUAAACCCUGUGACACUGUUUUGCAGCAAGUCCCUAUUGAAGAGAUCUUGGAGGAACAACGGCUUCAGCAACAAGCCAAACAAGAGACUGAAAAAGUCAAAAUGCAGGUGCUGAAAGACCGAGGUCUUUCCAUCCCAAAGGCUGACAAUUUGGAUGAAUACUAAAAUAUAUUUUUUUGUUAUGGGACUCAAGAUUUUUAAGUUGAAACCUUGUUUAAGAAAGCACCUGUGUGUCUUUUUACAUAGUAGACAGUAGGAGCAAAUACUGUAUACAUUUAAUUUGAUCUUGAAGAGAAAAUGGAUGUGUUCAUUUUUGUGAGUCAUGAUGACGAUCAUGAACUGAACCUAAUUAAUGAUAAUCAUGGUUGGCAUUUAUGUUACUGCAGCACUUUUAAAAUGACUGUCUAGACUUUUUAAUUUGGUAAUAUGUAGACUUGUACAUGACAUAAUUAUAACUUGAUUAAAGUAUUUAGUUUUCUGUAUUGGAAGUAUUUGUUUAUGUCAUGUUUAAUGCAUUAAGAUGCUGUAAAAUGUACUCAGAAGUCUGUCUCAGCUGUGCAUCAAAUUCAGUAAUUCAAGAUGAAUUGAAUCUUAAAGUGAUUAUUAUUUUGUGCAUACAUCAUCAUUGCAUUAGAUAAAGUAAUGUCACUUUAAUGCACAGUUAUAGGUUCUUUAUCAAAAAAUACCAAUAAACUUCAUGCGAAAGAUG